AUGCGCAAGGGUACCGCCGCCCUCAAGCGUCAGCAGGUGGCGCAGCUGCGCCAGCACCACCAGCAGCUGCUGGCUGCCGCUCCGGAGCUCGCGCUGGCCUCCUCAUCGCGCCUGGCUGCGGCGCUGAUCUCGUCGGCGGUGGCCCUGAGCGCCUCGUCCGCGAGCCUUGUAAAUAGUCAUCAACACAGCCAUAUGCAACAACAGCAGACGCAGCAGCCGCCACAGGCGCGCCAUCAUCACCAUCCGGCAACAUCACACAGGCAUCACCACCACCAACACCACUCGAAUCACCACUCACAUCACCACUCGCACCACCAUCAUCAUCAUCAUCAGUGUCGCUCGAAACGCAAACUGCAGAAAUUGUAUUAUACGCUUUGCCGUUAGAUCUGUAGCCUAACUAUAUCUAUGUGUACUUGUACGAGAGAAAGUUUCUUAGAACCACCAGCAGCAUCAGCACUUAGCUUAAGUCGAGUCACACCUACCACGUCCUAUAUAUAUAGUAUAUGUAUGUCCAGUGUUUCGUCCCCUCAUUUUUUGUACAUGUAUUUAUUUAUUCCCCUUUUUUUUCGUAUUUUGUAACUUUAUCUUUGCUCAUCGCAUUUUAGUAAUUCGUCCCAAACUGAAAGCAAAAUCUCAUCAGUGCAAUAAUAUACAUAAUCCGAAUAUAUAUAUUUAUAUAUAUGUGUAUUUAUAUAUAUGCUGAUUUAACAGACCUCUCUUAUUUUAUACAAACACUACAUGCUAUUUAUUUGUAAUUGAUGAAAAGAUUUGUGAUUUGCGCACAUGAUAUAAACUAAACAUCGUAGAUCAUCGAUCAUCCACUGUAAUCGUAGCGUGUCUCAAGCAAUUUUCGUUUUAAGUACCCCAAUGAAUUUAUACAUCAUCCGCACAGACGCAUCUAAUCUAACCAGCCUAAAAUCUAAAUCACACACACCCACAAAGCCCUCUGAUUAAGUAUUACUUAGCGUACGUAAGCUUACUUUAAGUUGCAACUGGCAAAAGAUGCAAGCCACAACAACAAAUGUACUUUACUUAGGUUGAUCCCCAGUUUCCAUCGCAAACUGGGGGCAAAGUAUCAAAUUUGUGAGACGAGAGCCUCGAUAGCAAUAUAGCAAUCUGCUCGUCCAGGCAUAGACGACGUAGUUUUCUCUGAUUGUGCUGGGCAAGUCAAAGAAGAAGUACUCAAUCCAAUGAAUAUUGCCAAUUCAGAUCCGAAAAGUAAUUGUAGUGGCGAUGGCGCGCGUUCCUUAAACUAAUUAUGUAUAUCGAUGUGGAGAUCAUUACCGCUUCCGCUUAUCAUCCAAACAAGACAAGAGAAAGCCAGCCAGCAAACCAAGAGGAAUUCCAGUGAGACGCACUGUGCAUAUAAGGGAAUAAUUAAUUACACACAAAAUUUCGUACCUUGUAGAAUUUGCAGUUCAAAAUUGCUUUAGAGUUUGUCGCUGUACAUUUUACGGAUUAAACUGCACAAAACAUUUUUAGGCAAGAAGAACCCAAUUAACUAAAAUUACAGACGGUCGUAGAUGUAAAUUAAACAUUAUAAAUGAUAACGCUGCGAAUUCAAAACCAAAAAAAAAUCGAGCAAAAAAACAAAAAGAAUUCCCAAUGUAAAUUCUGCUGAUUUUUGUGAGUCUGGUAAUAAAAUGAAUAAGCAUA